AUGCCUGAAGACGUGACUAGUUAUUUUGGCUCUACAAAUCCGUCCCAUAGUCAACCACAGAGUGAUUAUCAAUUUCUAGAUAAUGUUUCUUAUUCAACUUCAACAAGAUACCAAAAAAGAGCUGCCAAACGUGCUUCUUCAUUGGAGAAGAAUUCAGAAGAAAAAGACAUCCCUUCGACUAAUGUUUUUGAUGAAGAAAUAGUAAGUUUUGAAGAUUCAGAAUCUCGACAUGAGUAUGAAUUUAAAAACGAAUCAAAAUGGAUGCAAUUUUAUUAUCAACAUGUUGUGGUAGAUAAAUCAACUAUUGGUGUAUCAAUUUUAGAUUCCUUCAUGUAUAAUAGUGACUUAAAACCAGUAGAAGAAAAUCGAAGAGUUUGGUCUUGGCUAAAUUUCAGUUAUUUUUGGUUAGCGGAAUGUUUCAAUAUUAAUACGUGGCAGAUUGCAGCUACUGGAUUACAAUUAGGUUUAAACUGGUGGCAAUGUUGGAUUACAAUUUGGAUUGGCUAUACUUUUGUUGGUGUUUUUGUUGCUUUAGCGUCCAGAAUAGGUGCUGCUUACCAUAUUUGUUUCCCAAUCUCCUCAAGGGCAUCAUUUGGGAUUUUUUUCUCUUUAUGGCCUAUAAUCAAUAGAAUUGUGAUGGCCAUUGUUUGGUAUUCUGUACAAUCGUGGUUGGGUAUGGAACCUGUCUCCUUAAUGUUAAGAGCUAUUUUUGGUAAAGAUUUACCAAACAGAAUUCCAAAUCAUUUUGGAUCUUCAAAUGCUACAACAUAUCAAUUUAUGUGUUUUUUUAUAUUCUGGGCCUGUGAAUUACCAUUUUUAUGGGUUCCACCCCACAAAGUCAGACAUCUGUUUACCAUCAAAGCAAUACUGGUUCCAUUUGGCGCAUUUGGAUUCCUUAUCUGGUCUAUUAGAAAAGCAGGAAACAAGAUUGCUCUAGGUAGUCUAACUGAUACUCACCCAACUGGUUCGGCGUUUUCUUGGGCUUUCUUAAGAAGUUUGUUAGGUUGUAUGGCUAAUUUCUCUACAUUAGUUUUAAAUGCUCCUGAUUUUUCAAGAUUUUCUUCUGGAAAACAAUCUGCACUUUGGUCUCAAUUAAUAUGUAUCCCCCUACUAUUCUCUAUUACAUGUUUAAUUGGUAUUCUAGUCACUGCAGCAGGAUACGAAAUGUAUGGUAUCAAUUAUUGGUCACCAGUUGAGGUACUUGAACAAUUUUUGAUUAGAGAUUACACUAAGGGUACUAGAGCAGGAGUUUUUCUUAUUGCAUUUGUAUUUGUGGUAGCACAGUUGGGUGCCAAUAUUUCUGCCAAUUCUUUAUCUUGUGGUACUGAUAUGACAGCAAUACUGCCAAAAUACAUUAAUAUAAGGCGUGGAUCUAUUUUUUGUGCUAUGAUGGCCUUAUGUAUCUGUCCAUGGAACAUGAUGGCCACUUCAAGUAAGUUUACUAUGGCUUUGUCUGCGUAUGCGAUUUUUCUAUCAUGUAUUGCUGGUGUAAUUUGUGCUGAUUAUUUUGUAGUGAGAAGAGGAUAUGUUAAACUAACACAUCUUUAUUCGCAUAGAAAAGGUUCUUUUUACAUGUAUGGUAAUAAGCUUGGUAUUAAUUGGAGAGCAUUUGUUGCAUAUUUCUGUGGUGUUGCACCAAAUCUACCUGGAUUUAUAGGUGAUGUGGGUGCUCCAAAAAUUACUGUUUCAAUAGGAGCAAUGAGAGUUUAUUAUUUGAGUUAUUGGGUUGGUUAUGGUAUCAGUUUUGUUAUUUAUUUAAUUCUAUGCCAUUUCUUCCCUGUUCCUGGCCAACCUGUUAAAAAUAUAUUUACAGACAAAGGUUGGUUCCAAAGAUGGGUCGAUGUGGAAGAUUUUGAGGAGGAGUGGUUAGCCUCUUUAGAAAAAGAGGAUCUCUCGAAUGAUGUCAUUAGUGUCUAUGAACAUAAAAAUGAAAAAAAAUUCUUUUAA